CACACACACAAGACCCACAAGAUAACCACAAACACUAGAUUUGUAAUUGCUGUUGCUUCUUUGACUCACACAGAAUGGGAUCCUCUAAACUGGCCCUGCUGCUGGUCUUGCUGUCCUGCGUGGAGCACUGCCUGUCUGCCUCCUGUGUCGUCGACAGCUUCACCGUCAAAGGUGACUUCGACCCCAAGAGGUAUGCAGGAAAGUGGUACGCACUGCAGAAGAAAGAUCCAGAGGGGCUGUUCCUGCAAGACAACAUCUCAGCUGAGUACACCAUUGAUGAUGACGGCUCCAUGACCGCCUCCUCCAAGGGACGGGUCACUCUGUUUGGCUUCUGGGUUGUGUGUGCUGACAUGGCCGCCCAGUACUCUGUCCCCGACCCCGCCAGCCCCGGCAAGAUGUUCAUGAACUACCAGGGACUGGCCAGCUACCUGUCCAGUGGAGGUGACAACUACUGGGUGAUCGACACCGACUACGACAACUACGCCAUCACCUACGCCUGCCGCACCCUGAAGGAAGAUGGCAGCUGCGAGGACGGCUACGCCCUCAUCUUCUCCAGGAACCCCCGUGGUCUGCCUCCCGCCAUCCAGCGCGUCGUCCGUCAGAAGCAGGAAGACAUCUGCAUGGCCGGAGAGUUUCAGCCAGUGCUGCAGUCUGGAGCCUGCUAAAGAGAAGGAGAGAGCAGAGCAGGAGAGGAAGAAGCGAGCUAGUUGCAGUCUGGAAGACGUGAAAGCAAGAAGAGGGAGAAUAAAAGAGUUCAUGUGUAAGAAGGCCUGUAUGUGAGAGUGAUACUGUGAGUGAGCAGAUACAGAAAAAUGAAGAAAAAGUGAGGAGGAAAAACACGAGAAUAUAAUUGAGCAAAGACAGUGGAAAAAGAUUCAUAUGUGUUGUUUUAAUCCAUUUGCUCCUCUGUGUUCAUCUGUUGUUUGUCUAAGGAAAAUGUGACUGCUGCUUUGAAAGAGAAAAUAAAAGGAUAUUUUUCU